CCUAUCAUUGAUGUACAAAUAUGAACAUACUGGGUAUUAUCAGUCACCAUAAUUCACAAAAUGUAUAUUUAUGCUUAUUAUGCUUAAAGGCCAUGUACCUCCAUAUACGUAAAGUAGCCCCGCCAAAUUAUCGACAGUGACUCCAUAUGCCCCGCAUACGUCAGUAAUAAUCGAUCGAAUGCGCCAUGUUAAUUAAUUCAAUAAUUAUUCAAUAAUUAUUCAAUAAUUAAUUCAAUUCAAUUCCAACAAGAUCAAAUUCACAAUCGCGCCGGUUUUCAUAUCAAGGUUUUAGAUCACCAACUUGAUAGUUACUAUAAGACUUAAAUUAAAAAAGAAAGAAAGAAUAAUUCGAAUACUACGUACUCAAUUGCCAUCGUUCAACAAUCCCACAGUCCCCAUCUCUCGGGGCGCCAAAAACCCUCCGAACAAAAAAUGGCGACAACGACUACUCCUACUCCUACUCCUCCCCCCGACUCCAUAAAGCUCGCGCCCCUCCCCCCCUUCAAGCCCGACCUCUACCAGCGCGCCUGGCAAUCCGUGCCCCACCCAACCCUCCCCUUACUCGCCACCGCGCACCAGAAAUCCGUCACGGUCUUCUCCCUCACCACCCUCUCCGCCCACAGCGCCCUGACCGACGGCCACGACCGCUCCGUCCGCUCCGCCACCUGGCGGCCGAACCUGCCCCCGCACAAGCUGUGCCUGGUCACCGGCAGCUUCGACUCGACGGCGGGGCUGUGGCGAUGGACUGACGACGACAACGCGGCAGGCGAUAACUUGGAAGUGGAAGUGACAGCGGCAACGGUGCGAUCAGACAACGACUCCGACUCCGAUAACGACGGCGACAAGAAGGACUGGGAGCUGAUCAUCAUCCUGGACGGGCACGAGAACGAGAUCAAGUCGGUCGCCUUUUCCCCAUCGGGGCAGUACCUCGCGACGUGCAGCCGCGACAAGACGGUGUGGAUCUGGGAGGACGUCGGCGAGGCGGAAGAAGACGACUGGGAGACGAUCGCGGUGCUGAACGAGCACGAGGCCGACGUGAAAGCCGUCGCCUGGUGUCCCCAGCCCACCGAGCCCACAAGCCGUGCCGGUAACAGGGGUCGCUACAGCAGCGACGUCCUCGCGAGCGCCAGCUACGACAACACCGUGCGCGUGUGGCGCGAGGACGGCGAGGACAACUGGGUCUGCGUCGCCGUGCUCGAGGGCCACGACGGCACCGUCUGGGGCCUGCAGUGGGAGCCCAAGCCCAGGCCGGGGGGCAAGUUCCCGCGCAUCCUGACGUGGAGCGCCGAUUGCACUGUUCGGAUAUGGACGCUGAAGGAGGAGGAGGCGGAUAAUGACGACGAACAAAGCGCGGCGAGACACCAGUGGGGCGGCGCGCUGAGCGGGAUCCCCAACACGAUGCGCCGGUCCCUGAAGGAGGACUGGGCGUGCACUGCUAUACUGCCCAAGGCGCACACGAGAGACAUAUACGCGGCGACGUGGAGCCCGGAGACGGGGCUGGUGGCUAGCACGGGGAGCGAUGGCAUCAUUGCUAUCUACCGCGAGGAGGAGGAGGAGGAGCAGCAAGGGGGAGGGGAAGACGAGGCGGUCGCCGAGCUCGACGGCGAUGAUGUACCCAUGACGAACGGACACACUGGAGAAAGCAGCAGCAGCAGCAGCAGUAAGUGGAAGUUGAUAUCCUCGACGCCGAAUGGUCACGGCCCCUACGAGAUCAACCACAUCACCUGGUGCAAGCGCUACGACCAGGGCUGCGCGCCGGAGAGGAGGGGGAAGGAGGAGAUGCUGGUUACGACGGGAGACGAUGGGAUCAUUCGCCCGUGGCAGGUUAUAUGAUGACUACCUAGGUACCUACCUAGUACUGAUUAACCUACUACUACCUUGCUAUCUGCCUGCCUUUUACCUACUAGCUAGCAUAGGUGUGUGUACUUUAUAGCGUAGAAAGACCAAAAAAAAACAUAAAGGGUCAGCUUCAGUGCCUAAAGU